AGUAUCAGCAGCAGCAGCAGUAGUAUCAGCAGCAGCAGCAGCGGUAGUAGUAUGAGCAGCAGUAGCAGCAGCGGCGGCAGCAGCAGCAGCAGUAUCAGCAGCAGCAGUAUCAGCAGCAGUAGCAGCGACUGGAAGGACUCUGUUAAUACAGACCCGGGGCCAGGCGUCACCCAUGCCGUGUCCUUGGAGUCCAGGUCCAGGUGGUUAACAGAGGACGCCAGCCUGCCUCAGCCUCAGGACAACCCAAACAGCACUCAGUGGCUGGGGGACGCCACGGACAUCGACAGCACCUACACUUCCACCACCAUCACCCGAGCCGGGGAGAGGACCCUGCUGUCGGUCACCUCCUCCUCCUCCUCCUCCUCCUCCUCCUCCAGCAACAGCACCUCCUCUAUGUUCACAGAAGAUUCCAACUCCCAUCAUCCCCCCUCUACCUGGGGCCUUCCCGCCAGGUCGACGGAGACUGAGGACUACACCCACAGCGCCCCAUCCACAGGGACCGACAGCAGGGACACAACAGACCAGCACGUGACCCGCUCCUUCAACGGGACGUUUUCAGAGACUGGGACCCCUGGGGGGUCCAGGGGAACCCAGAGUUUAACUGAGCGGCCUAACGCCACCCAGCAUCAACACACCUCAGCGUCCGAGGGGACCUCCGACUCGACACCAUCCCUCAGGGUGACAGAGCUCAGCACCGACCAAUCGGACGUGUUGAUAUCUUCCACGCCUACUCUCAGCUCGGCCACAGAAGGUCCUACCAACAUCUCAGGGACGGACCCAGCGGAGUCAGCAUCUAAUGUUGCCACCUCCACCGAGGCGUCCACUGCAGGCCACAGCUUCAGCACUCAGAACCAAGAGGGCACCGAUGGGCUGCCGUCCCAGACCGGCGAGGCAAGCGUGGGCCCGGGUCUGACCACAGCGCCCCCUACAGUCGGUAGCAAUACAUCUGAAAUGGACGACUCUCUGACGGACACUGCGGUGCUGGUUACUGAGAUCUCCCUGAACACCACACCUGUUCCUGUCACAGUAAGACCACAGAUAACAGAAGCCUUUGCCUCCCCCACCACCACCACAACCAACCCUGCUCUACCUGCAACCACAUCCUCCAGGUUCAGCAGCAGCAGCAGCAGCACCACCACGAGCAGCUCAACCUCAGAGUCACACGACGAAGCCACCACCCCGUACACCACGCCCUCCACCACCACAGCCUCCACCCUGGUCCCACAGACCUCCGCAGCGCACCCGACCCAUCGCCUGUCACCAAGCCAAACCCAGGGGCCUUCAACCGGGAUCGCUGAUCCCACCAAUUUCACCACCCCGCCGAUAGAAACGGCCACUCCGGGGGUUACCGCCUCUCACCGCCAGCGCGUCACCACCACACCCUACGCCCACAGCACCCCCACCAGUACAGAGCUUCUGCUCACCACUGGGAAAAAGACAGACAGAGGGACCACAGAGCCGGCGGUGACAACGUCACCCAUUGACGUCCAGCCUACCAAGGCACCGCCUCUACCAAGAAACCCCUGUGUGUCGAACCCUUGUCUGAACGGAGGGAUGUGCGUGAGCCAUAAAAGGCAUCAGUUCACCUGCCACUGUCAGCAGGCAUGGACAGGACCGACCUGCAACCAGGACAUGGACGAAUGCGAGAGGGAUCCCUGCCCGCUUGGCUCCAGGUGCGUGAAUACACGAGGCUCCUUCAGCUGCGAAUGUUCACUCGGCUUCGACCUUGAGGACGGACGCUCCUGCACCCGAGCAAAGACAUUCCUGGGAACGUUCAGUGUCAACAGGCUGCCACACGACCCUGUUAUCUUCAAGAGCGCCACCAUGCACGAGAUCCAGAGGGAGAUCAUUCAGCUGCUCAAUGCCUCCUUGUCGGUCCUUCAAGGCUACAGCCGCUCAACUCUGAGUAAGAAAGAGGAGGACGGGGUUCGUAUCUCAGCUGUCAACAUGUUUUCCGUCUCCACUGAUGUGACGAGCGCUGAAGUGUACAACAGCAUCCAGAUGUUUCUCGGCAACUGCAGCUCCUCGGUGGCCCACUGCCGAAUGGUCCUGCACCACCAGCUCACCUAUCACGUGGAGAGUCUGUGUGCGGCUCAGAAGACUCAGUGCGACGCCGAGCGCUCCACCUGCGCAGACGGCAGUGGCACAGCCCACUGCCAGUGUCUCCAAGGAUACUACAAACACAAUGCUGACGACUUGUCCUGCCUAGACUGUGGAGACGGCUACAAGCUGGAAAACGGCACCUGUGUCCCGUGCAUGUUUGGAUUUGGAGGAUUCAACUGUGGAAACUUCUACAAGCUGAUUGCGGUUGUGGUGUCGCCUGCGGGGGGCGCUCUGCUCCUCAUCCUCGUCAUCGCUCUCAUCGUCACCUGCUGCAAGAAGGACAAGAAUGACAUCAACAAGAUCAUCUUCAAGAGCGGAGACCUGCAGAUGUCCCCUUACGCAGACUUCCCCAAAAAUAACCGCAUAUCCAUGGAGUGGGGCAGAGAGACCAUCGAGAUGCAGGAGAACGGCAGCACCAAGAACCUGCUGCAGAUGACGGACAUUUACUACUCUCCUGCGUUGCGCAACGCAGACCUGGAGAGAAACGGCCUGUACCCGUUCACAGGCCUGCCGGGCUCUCGCCACUCGUGUAUCUACCCCGCCCAGUGGAACCCCUCCUUCAUUAGUGACGAUUCACGGAGAAGAGACUACUUCUAACUGCUCCACCUUGAACACACACACACACGAAACGUAACAUCUCUUAUACUGGCAAGUGUGAUGUGUCAUGAUUUUAGUUUUUUGAAAACCUGUAUGACCGUCUGCAUUCAGGGCUGCACAUAAAUUAUAUAAAUGUGUGUGUGUUGUUGUUGUGUGCGUGCGUGUGUGUGCAUAUCAUGGGAGUACACAUUUUUGCAAGUAAAAUGUGUUUUAAUGACGAUUUCAGUAAUUUUUCAUGUUUUAUCUCACUUACUUCAACUUGCAUGUACUUCACAUUACCGCUGUGGUUGUAAAAGAUUGUUAAAUGUGUUUUUCCUCCCUUCCAGGCAGCCACUGAUUCUCACUUUGUUAUGAAAAACAAUAAGAUGGUUUCUGAAGGUAGGUAAUUGAUUACAGUAAACAGUUUGCCUGGUAAUGCAGAGUAGAUUUGUUUGAGAAAAAAAAUUGAAUGAAAUUCAAUGAAAAAAUAAAAGUAGAAAGUACAUGUUCAUCAACUGUGCUCACAGAAAUGAACGUGACAUUCUGGCUGCCAGGAAAAUGGGAAAACACAUUUGAAUAAAAUACAAAACAGCAGUAUUGUAAACUGCAUGUGAUGUGUAGCAAAUAGACCAGAACAUGCAAAAAAAGAAGAAGAUAAUGUGUGGUCCUUAAAGUGCUGAAAUAUAAAUAUGUGCGUGCCACUGCUGUGAUUUCGAAAAUAAUCAGUUUCUUCAUAUUGAGGGAACAUAACAAACCACUGAAGGUUCAUUUUUUUGUACUAGUGCAAAGCGAGGAAGGACUUUCUAAUCUGAUGCCAACAUUUAUUUAUUCCCUGUAUGUCUAAAUCCUUGACAUGUAGCACAAUGAACAUCUCAUUCACACUGACUUUGGAGGGAAAACAAAAAACAGUUGUUUUACAACGUGUUUGUGUGUGUGCGCGCCUGCGUGUGUGUCUGCGUUUGAGAGAGAAUGAGUGAGUUUUGUACAUUUCUCUUAAGUAUUGAUCUGUAUACCAGGAUGAUAUUAAAUGCUGAGUUUGAAUGUGAAGGUGUACCAUAAUUAGAUAUUUCUGACAUCAAGUGUUAUUUUUAAGAGGUUUUUUUUUUAUCGUCCUAUGUGAUUAUAUGGUCUGUUGAUUCUGGCGUUAUAGUCAGACGUGCAUAUUUAAAUAAAAAAAUAUUGAGUA